AUGGCCAAGCUCAGCAGCCUCAGAGAUAUUAAAUUCUUUGAGUUCCACGAAAACAGGCUGCCAGCUGUGGAGCAGCAGCUCCUGACAGUGCUCUUCCCUUGCCAGGUGGACCCUGCAGAGGAGCCCUGGCUGCUGAGGAUGGGCACCCUGAGGGGCUGGGCUGUGCUGCUGCCGCUGCUGGGGCUGGGCACGGCCGAGGACUUCCCGUGGACAAAGAACAACCCCGGCUCCUUCUACUACGGCACUUUCCCAGCUGAUGCACAUACCAAGACCAGUUUAGGAGGAAAAUGUUGGAGUAACUCCCUUGUUUUCCCUCCAGGUUUCCUCUGGGGUGUGGGAAGCUCUGCCUACCAGACUGAGGGGGCCUGGGACAAGGAUGGGAAAGGACCAAGUAUCUGGGAUGCUUUUACCCACCGGAAAGGGAAAGUGUUCAGGAAUGAAACGGGAGAUUCAGCCUGUGAUGGAUACUACAGAGUCAAGGAUGACAUCCAGUUACUGAAGGAGCUCAAAGUGAAUCACUACCUCUUGUCCAUCUCGUGGCCUCGGAUUAUGCCCACUGGAAUCAAAGCUGAGCAGCUGAAUGAGAAGGGAAUCCAGUUCUACAAUGACACAAUUAACAGCCUCCUGGAAAACAAUAUUACCCCUAUUGUGAGCCUCUACCACUGGGAUCUUCCCCAGGUUCUCCAAGAAAAAUAUGGAGGCUGGCAGAAUAUAAGCAUGAUAAAUUACUUUAAUGAUUAUGCAAAUCUGUGUUUUGAGAAGUUUGGUGAUCGUGUGAAACACUGGAUUACUUUCAGCAACCCUUGGGCAGUUGCUGAGAAUGGUUAUGAGACAGGAGAACACGCCCCAGGACUGAAGCUCGGGGGGUGUGGAGCAUACAAGGCUGCUCACCACAUCAUCAAAACUCACGCCAAGGUUUGGCACUCCUACAACAACACGUGGCGCAGGGAGCAGCAAGGGAUGGUGGGAAUCUCCCUGACCAGUGGCUGGGGGGAGCCUGUUGACCCCCACAGCCAGGCAGACAGGGACGCCGCCGAGAGGUACAUCCAGUUCCACCUGGGCUGGUUUGCAAACCCCAUUUACAGAGGGGACUACCCAGAGGUCAUGAAGAAUUAUGUGGGCAGGAAGAGCGCCCAGCAGGGCCUGGGGACAUCCAGAUUACCAACCUUCUCAGUGCAGGAGAAAACCUACAUUAAAGGCACCUCAGAUUUCCUGGGAAUAGGUCAUUUCACCACUCGUUAUGUCCUGCAGAAGAACUUUCCCUUUCUCCAAGUGUCUGGUUACCACACUGACAGGGACUUGGCUGAGCUGGUGGACCCCAACUGGCCAGCUCCGGGUCCUAAGUGGCUUUAUUCUGUGCCCUGGGGGUUCAGAAGAUUGCUCAACUUCAUCAAGACCCAGUAUGGGAACCCCCUCAUUUAUGUGACAGAGAACGGGGUGUCUGAGGCAGCCCAGUGCACUGAGCUGUGUGACGAGGGCAGGAUCCAGUACCUGAAGGGAUACAUCAAUGAGAUACUCAAAGCUCUCAAUGAUGGAGUCAAUGUCAAAGGUUACACUGCCUGGUCCCUGCUGGAUAAAUUCGAAUGGAACAAAGGAUUCUCUGAAAAAUUUGGGCUUUACCACAUUGACUUCAAAAACAAGAACAAACCACGGUACCCAAAGGCAUCUGCUGACUAUUAUAAAAAGAUUAUCAGUGCCAAUGGAUUCCCAAAUCCAAGAGAGGUGGAAAACUGGUAUAGGAAGGCCAUGGACUCCUGCUCUUCCACACACCACCUCCUCGCUGCAGAUUCCCUGAUUACUCACAUGGAAAUGGUGACAGAGAUUGUUCUUCCUACAGUUUUCACACUCUGCAUCCUCAUCUGUAUUGUCCUACUCAUAUUCUACCUUCGAAAUCACACCUAA